CAAUUAACAUACUCUUGCUCUCUAUUGAUAUAAAAAUUGAUUGUCGUAUGUUUUGGCAUUUAUUCGAUCAGCUUCGUUAGUCUCGACUACUUGAGGGGAUAAAUAUUGACGUUCAACGAUGUAAAUAUUUCCCAAUGUCGACGCCCACGCACCUUGGAUCGGAUUAUUAAUCCUAAGCGAAGUUCUAGCCACUCCCAUACAGGGAUUCCGUAUUUCUCGAUUUCCUGUUGCGAAUCGUUGCACUAUGUUUUCGCAAACACGAAUAUCGGGAAGUGUCUCGUUGAUCGCACGAAAGAAAAAGAAAAAGAAAAAAAGAAAAACCGGUGAUUCGAGUUGCAACAUCUUUCCACGAAGUAACCAGUCGAUGUUAGAUCUCGGUGAUUAGGCUUGCUCGCAUAAUUUGUUCCGGAUCGUAGGAUUUCGGGUCGGUCUAGCGUCGAUCGCGCCUUUUGCAACUUUCGCCGCUCUUAACGAGAUCGUAAAAAUUGCGGAAAUUGGCGCGGGCAAGUUUUUACUCGUCAGCGAAUCCGCGGCGUAGUAAAGCAAAGAAUGUCGGUGCUCCCCGUAGAUCGUGCGAAUUAGAGCCGGUUAUGUUGCAACGUGUAUCAUUUUUCGCGCCUUUGAUCGAUUAUCGUUAACCAAUGCUCGACGACCGUCAAUCGCGUAAACUCUUUUCCGCGUUCCGUUCCCGACGAUUAUCUAUCCACGAUUUCCUAAAAUCCAUUCGAUGGGGCAAAUGACAUAUUAAUCGACCGCCGACUUCGCAACGGUACAUUUCAACACGCAUUGUUAAAAAAUCCUAUUUACGAAAUAUACAAAUUAUCAGCUACUCCGAGAAUAGGCGAAGAAAUUUCUAAAUUAUUAUCUCGUUUUCCCCGAGCCUCUCGGCGAGAUUAACGCACGUUUGAAUUACACAAAGUUGCCGUAACGCAUGUGACAUUAACUCCGCGAUCCGCGAACACACGAUUUUUCUCUGGUUGUCUCGUUUUGCAAUCCCUGUCCGAUCGCGAACCGAUUGGGCUCUAAUCAACAGCCCAUAAACCACGCAUUAUCCUAGACAUUCUCGUAAAAUAAGUUAUCGGACAACUUGCAGCUUCGUUUUUAUACAUUACGCUGGAAAAAGUUGUUUGUCUCGUUUUCUACUAUACAAAUAUGUAUCGAGCAAGUACGUAAACAACGCGAAUCUGCUGUUUGACAGGGUGGUAGUAUAAUUCUGGGACGACGCGUAAGAAUUUAGAAACCCAUGAAAGAUUCAUUAGAUCCGUUGGUAAAUCGUUCGCCGGGGCCCCGAGUAUUGGCAACUUCGCGGGACGGUUGGCCAAGAAUCGGUGCCCUAAUGCACGCGACGCGCCGUUUCUGCGGCUGUCGGGCCUUGUUUCUCGCGAAAUGCCAGUCGAACGUACAGCGACUGAUGGAACGCGAGAAAAACCGCGUGGGGAAGGCGGGUGAAACGCAAACGGGCGGUCAACAUGGACGUAGAAUCAGCAACCUGCACCGUUCUCCGGUUAACUCUGUCCGGCGAGUUACGAGCGAUCCGGGGCUGGACCAAUGACCGACAAGUGGCACGAGGCGAUCAGCAUGCCGAACGCGAUAAAGCAAUCCCUGUUGGUCUCUCGGGGGAUCGCGGGUUAACAUAUCAUCCCCGUCUUUCUGUCGGUUAGUCGCCAAGAACCGUUCGACCGGCCGCGAUGUGCGCUCUUCUUGCCCACCUUUGCCUAAUGGCGACUCUGGUUUCUGCGGUUUCUGGCGUUUUACCGCCUUACAUAAAGCCGUGCAAGAAAAGCGAACCCGACAUCAACAAAUGCAUUACAAAGUCUAUCGAUCAACUUCGCGAGAAAUUAGCUGUGGGGAUCCCGGAACUGGAGGCGCCGGCGAUCGAGCCUCUUCAUCUCAAGCAGAUUCGACUGUUUCGAGGACCGACCGGGGCGAGGCUCGACGUAAAUCUCACGGACUUGCGGGUAUCGGGUCCAUCCACGUUCAAAGUUCGCGACCUCAAAGCCGACGUGGAGAACGUGAAAUUCACUUUCAAGGUAUCCUUCGAUCAACUGAACUUCCAAGGGAAAUAUAAGAUAGACGCGAGGAUCCUUUUGCUCAGGCUGGUUGGACAAGGAGAUCUUACCGGGAAAUUUGCCGACUACGACUCCGACGUCGCUUUGAGAGCGCGAAAGGUCUUCAGGGACGACGAUACCUUCCUUAGCUUCGACAAGAUGAAGAUAAAGAUAAAAAUUGGCAACGCGAAUCUGCACUUUAGCAAUCUAUUCGGCGGGGACACGGUUUUGGGUGCUGCUAGUCACGAAUUAUUGAACCAGAACAACGCGCUGCUUUUGGAAGAAAUAACACCGGUGCUGGAAACAUCUCUGGCGGACCUUUUCACGGACGUUGCCAAUAAAAUCACCAAGUCCUUCACCUACAAGGAAUUGUUUCCGGACGACUAAACGAUCUGCUUAGAAAUAGUGGCUCGUGAUCGUCCAUGGUCAGUGGUUCGACGUGCAAUCGUGCAACGUAUCGUUAAAUUCCGAAAAAUUCGUCCAACAAACUUGGAUACUGUGUGGAAAUCUUUUUCGUCGAUGAACAGAAAUCGCGUAAUUGCGAACAAAAUAGUUGCCAAGAAUCUCGCGCAAGACGAUCGCAGUUUACUUUGUAAGAUAACGAGUAAGAAUUUUCUAACAACAAUUUUUAAAUAAAAGAAGAAAUUGGAUAUUAAAUAUUAUCAUUAGCGUUAGACGAUACCGAACGUGAUCCUUCCUGAAUAUAAGCUAUUCAGUGAACCGAAAAGAGCUAUGGAUUAAACUUAAUUUUCUGUGUUCCUCUUUACGGUUCGCCGACAAUUUAUGCAAUAUUCAGUUACGUAAAGCGUGUGAUCCAACCAAUCGCAGAUUGAAACUAAUACGCCGCAAUAAAACCACGAAAAGACAUACUUACGAUACAUUUAUUCGACUCGUUACAGAAAUUUACAAACGUAUACUAAACGAGGAAUCGCGUCGGCAAUAAGAAACAAAAAUGUAAACAUACCAGCUAAUAACAGACAAUCGGGAUAACGAAUAAAUAAUUACUCGAACGUAAGCCACUGUACAAGUCCUAUAUAUUCGAUCACAUUCUCAUUCAUCGAUGAAGAAGUCGAAAAUUUCCACCUCGUUCGCCGUUCAUACCGUGCAUUACAUUUUUCCUCGAUUGCAAAGCAAUUAUUUCCUUUCGACGAAUAAAAUUAAUAAUAAUUAAUCACUCGGGUUUAGUUAGCAACGAGACGCGGAUAGAAAGUUUCAAAUCGUGAGUAAACGUUCUCCGGCGUCGGAAUUAGAACUCAUUCGUUACGGCGGAGGCGAAAUAAAUUGCCCGUCCAAGGUCACCGAGAAACUAUUUUUUGGUCGUUCCAUUCA